UGCGUCACGUGUCGAGGGAGGUCCUCGCCUCCGUGCCGUCGUGUGACGUAGCAGGCCGUGCGCCGUGCGGGAACUAAUAUCCCGGCAUCCUUUGCGCCGCCCUUUCUCUUUUUUUUUUUCGGGCCCCAAGAUGUCCAAGCGAGGACGUGGUGGUUCGUCCGGUGCGAAAUUCCGUAUUUCCCUCGGUCUCCCCGUGGGAGCUGUGAUUAACUGUGCAGAUAACACAGGUGCCAAGAACCUGUACAUCAUCUCCGUGAAGGGGAUUAAGGGGCGCCUGAACAGGCUGCCAGCUGCUGGUGUAGGUGACAUGGUCAUGGCUACUGUCAAGAAGGGCAAGCCAGAGCUCAGGAAGAAGGUGCACCCGGCAGUGGUAAUUCGGCAGCGGAAAUCGUACCGGAGAAAAGACGGGGUGUUCCUCUAUUUUGAAGACAACGCGGGAGUGAUAGUAAAUAACAAAGGGGAAAUGAAAGGCUCAGCAAUCACAGGCCCCGUGGCUAAGGAAUGCGCAGAUCUGUGGCCCAGGAUAGCCUCCAAUGCUGGCAGCAUCGCAUAAACCUGCUCCAUCCUCGUUGUAAAGAUAAAAUAAAAGUGGUUGCACCAAAA